GGUAUACAUGAAUGAUCCAACUACCACCAUGAAAACCAGCCCUUCGCCUUUCCUUUUCCAUCUUUCUUCUUACUGACAUCGUCAUCAUCAUCAUCGUCCACCUUAACAUGCCCAUUAGCAUCGACCCAACCAUUCCCACUCCCAUUCCCAUUCCCGUUACCAUGAGCCAUCCCAUCAGCGACCCCAUUCUCCCUCCCAUGCUCCCCUCCAUCACUAUCACCACUAUCAUAACCACGACCACCACGAAGGUCCUCCCCCUCAACCUCCCUCAAAACAUCCUCAACAACCAACAAAUCCCUCUCAAUAAGCUCCGCCCAAUUCUGCACAUCCCCAAUCUCCUUCAACCCAUCGCGCGCCUGGUCCGCCACCUUCCCCCACUGCUCAUUCUGCCGGCCCAGCUGGGCAGUCGUGCGCGCCAGCUCGGCCUCCUGGCGCUGAAGAGCGGCGUCGUUGGCGCGGAGGGUCUGCGCGCGGUCGCGCAGGGCGGUAUCGUGGUGGGCGCCGGCUGAGCGGAGGGAGGCGGUGAACGCGGCUUUGGCUUCUUCUGUGCGUUGGUUGGUAUCUGUUGUGGUGGUGGUGUUGUUGUUGUUUGUGGGGGGAGAGGGGGGUGGUGGGGAGGAGGGGUGUGGUGGGUUGGUUUGG